GUGGCACACAUGGAGCAGUAGGUCCGUGCGCGUUUCCAUGAUGUACUUUCGAACAUUUUUUUUUUAAAAUAGCGCGCAAAAUAAAUUGCAACUUCGCGAGAAAGGAUAGCAAUUUCGUAAUAUUCCCCAUGCUGUGUGCUAAUUUUAUGUAUCGACUUUGCGCAUCAUUUAUAUUUUUUUUUAUUAUUCCAAAUGGAAGGAUAAAAAGUUUCACCUUAAAAAGAAUCGCUCCACUUUGUAUGAAAACCCGCCAUUUGCAAGCACAUCACAAGAGUAUGAAAUUUUUGCUAAACAACCUUUUGAGGAAAAUGCCGAAAAGUGUAGCCAAAGAAACGGCAAAAAAUGUAACUGAAAAUCUCCCCAGUUAUAUAAAAAAAAAAGAUGAAAACUUUUUAAUAAAUCUGCGUGUUAAGCCUAAUGCUAAGAACACGUCCAUAUAUUUUAACUCAGAUAGAGAAGUGCUGAAUAUUAAUAUACAAGAGCAGCCAAUAAACAACCAGUCCAAUGUUGCCAUCAUAGGUUACUUCUCCGACAUCCUGGAUUUGAAAAAGAGAGACAUAUCCAUCGUUUCGGGUUUGAAAUCAAGGGACAAGGUUUUAAUGGUUUCAAAUAUCUCCCUGGAUGACUUAAAUAGCAAAAUUGCCGAAAAUGUUGAGUGACAUUCGAAGUCGUUUUUUUUUUUUUUAACAACUGUGGAGUAAAAUAUCCGCAAAAAUGACACAUCGCAAUUAGCU